GGCAUGGCGGGCGCCCAUAAGAGUGGCCCAGAAUGAUGAGGAGAAACUUUUUGUGUGUGGCGCCUCGGGCUGCUGACUCUGGGGAUUCCAUCUCCCUCCCUCCUCAAUUUAAUUCCUCUCUCAUUCUUCCUUUUUCUUUUCUAAUUUUUAAAACGAAUUUUUAAUUUCUUUCCAUCUAUAUAUAUUACAAUAUUAAAUCAUCAACGACACGAUUCUUUAAAGAGUCUCUUUUUCUGCUUCUGCUUUCUUAUUUUAAUUCAAGGAGCAGACCCAGAUUCAUUUGCAUAUUUUUUUGCCUUCUUUUUUGUUGUUUAUCGCAUCAACGAGGAUUCGCUCUGAGCCUUUGGCCGGACUUCAUUUUCAACGUGAAGUUUGCAUGGAUUCUGAGAAUUCCUUUUUUACUGUCUUUGAACAAACUGGUGAUACAACACAGUCGCCAUGUGCUCUUCUGCUAAAACAUUUAAACUUGAGAUUUUCGCAUGAAGCAGUGUAUUUUCCCUGCAAAGCGGAUGGAGUGCAGAGAGAUAUCUAUGGCAACUAGCACUGCUGCAGCUGCAGGGGGCAUAAAUGUUUUCCAGUAUGGAGUAUAUCCAUGCGCUGGACAAGCUUGCAGGCAAACUUCUUGGAUUACCAGUUUUGCUUUGAAUGGAUGCAUGCAGAAAGACUUCUCAUGGUCACGUGGAGUAUCUAAGUUUUUAAAGAUCCAAAGGAGUAGUGUUUCCUUGUAUCCUGGUGGUGAAAACUUGAAGUCCCACAGGACAGUUGUCGCAUCAUCUUGCCUUGGGGAUGGUUCCACAAAAUAUUAUGAUUUUGUUGUUAUUGGUAGUGGAGUUGCUGGUCUCCGUUAUGCCCUUGAAGUUUCAAAACAUGGAUCUGUUGCUGUGAUUACCAAAGCGGAGCCUCAUGAGAGCAACACAAACUAUGCCCAAGGAGGUGUUAGUGCUGUGCUAUGCCCAUUGGAUUCUGUUGAGAGUCACAUGCAGGACACUAUUGUAGCAGGUGCUUAUCUAUGUGAUGAAGAAACCGUCAGAGUUGUGUGUACGGAAGGACCUGACAGGAUAAGAGAACUGAUUGCUAUGGGUGCCUCAUUUGAUCAUGGCGAGGAUGGAAACUUGCAUCUAGCUAGAGAGGGGGGGCACUCUCAUCACAGGAUCGUUCAUGCUGCUGAUAUGACUGGAAGGGAGAUUGAGAGGGCUUUAUUGGAGGCAGUUAUCAAUGAUCCCAAUAUUUCCAUGUUCAAGCAUCAUUUUGCAAUUGAUUUGCUUACUGCUCAGAAUGGUUUAGAAACAGUCUGUCAUGGUGUUGAUGUUAUGAAUACUGAGACACAAGAGGUGAUUCGAUUUAUUUCAAAAGUGACCUUACUUGCUUCAGGUGGAGCAGGUCAUAUCUAUCCAUCAACCACAAAUCCUCCGGUAGCCACUGGAGAUGGAAUCGCUAUGGCUCACCGAGCUCAAGCUGUAAUUUCUAAUAUGGAAUUUGUUCAGUUCCACCCAACUGCCCUAGCUGAUGAAGGCCUUCCCAUCAGGCCAAGCAAGACUCGAGAAAAUGCAUUUCUGAUCACUGAAGCUGUAAGGGGUGAUGGAGGCAUCCUCUAUAAUUUAGGCAUGGAGCGGUUUAUGCCUUUGUAUGAUGAGAGAGCUGAGCUGGCUCCUAGGGAUGUGGUGGCAAGAAGUAUAGAUGAUCAGCUUAAGAAGCAUAAUGAGAAGUAUGUGCUACUUGAUAUAUCUCACGUGCCAAGAGAAAAGGUUCUGUCCCACUUCCCCAACAUAGCUGCUGAGUGUUUGAAAUAUGGCCUUGACAUAACUUGUCAGCCAAUUCCAGUAGUUCCUGCUGCCCAUUACAUGUGUGGGGGAGUCCGAGCUGGCCUACAGGGAGAGACCAAUGUGCAGGGCCUUUUCGUAGCAGGUGAGGUUGCCUGCACAGGUUUGCAUGGAGCAAACCGACUUGCUAGCAACUCAUUGCUUGAGGCUUUAGUUUUUGCCCGAAGAGCAGUGCAGCCCUCAAUAUAUCACAUGAAGAGUUCUAGCCUUGAUCUGAGUGCUUCCAAUUGUUGGGCACGACCUGUUGUGCCUAUGUCACUUGGGAAUGACAUGUUGCACAAAAUGUUAAGGAUGACAAGGGAAGUGAGGAGAGAGCUGCAAUCAGUUAUGUGGAAAUAUGUGGGGAUUGUUCGGUCAACAAUACGGCUACAUGCAGAGCAAAAAAUUGGUGAAUUAGAGGCUAAAUGGGAAACAUACUUAUUUGAGCAUGGAUGGGAACAGACAAUGGUUGCACUUGAAGCUUGUGAGAUGAGGAACCUCUUCUGUUGUGCAAAGCUGGUGGUGAGUAGUGCCCUUGCUAGGCAGGAAAGCAGGGGGCUUCACUACACAAUUGAUUAUCCUCACGUGGAGGAAAGUAAGAGGCUACCAACUGUCAUUUUUCCUUCUUCUCCGGCAAAGACUACAUGGAGUUCACGACAGCUGCAUAGGCAGCCCCUGUGUUAGGAAGUGCAGGGUGUGUUUCUAAAUUUUUUCUGCCAAAACUUGUAUCCCUCAAUAAUCAUUUGUUACUUUGAAAAUUUUAUAUGGAAAACCCUUCAACAAAGCAUGGAAUGCUGCAGAACUUUAGCACAUAAUGAAGGAAUAUCACCAGGAUUGCUUUUU